UACAAUAAUGACAAACAGAUGGUGAGACGAAACGUCUAUGCAAGAAAGCUCCGGAGUUUAAAAUUUAUUGAGUUUCGAAAAUGAACAGUCUUGGCUUGAGUUUGAUUUUCAAGAUGGGUUGUCUUUGUUCCAAAGAGACGAUUGUUAUCAACGAUAGGAAGUACACAGUACUUGAACACCUCGGAGAAGGAGGUUUCAGUACUGUAUUACUGGUUGAAGAUUGUACUCUGCAUAAAAAGUACGCAAUUAAAAAAAUUACGUGUCAUGGGCCAGAAGAUCAGAGAUUAGCUGUCAAGGAAGUCGAGUACCACUCAAUUGUACGCCAUCCAAACGUUAUAGAAUUGAUUGAUUCUACUCAUCAGGGGACAGCUGAUCCCGUUGUUAAUGCCACCAGUGAAGUUUUGUUAGUGUUACCUUAUUAUCACAAAGGCACUUUGGCUCAAGAAUUAGAAAGGCGUAGUAAAUAUAAUGAAUACAUGGGAUCAAUAGAAAUACUAAACAUGUUUUUGCUUAUCUGCGAAGGAAUAAAAGCAUUUCACGAAACCAAGCCUGAACCUCUUGCUCACAGAGACUUAAAGACUGCUAACAUAGCCUUAGGGGAUGGUAAUGUACCUAUAAUAAUGGAUCUAGGGUCUGUAGCACCUGCUAGAGUGAAAGUAUGCGGGAACCAAGCUGCACAUUCUCUACAAGAGUUAGCUGCUGAAAGAUGUUCGAUGCCAUACAGGGCUCCUGAACUUUUUAAUGUUGAAAGUUAUUGUAUGGUUGAUGAACGAACGGACAUUUGGUCAUUGGGGUGUAUUUUGUAUGCCAUGUGUUAUUUCAAGUCACCUUUUGAUACCGUUUAUGAAAGAGGUGACAGUGUUGCACUUGCUGUUAUUAGUGCAAAUAUUACCUUUUCAGAAAAUGCUCCGUACAAUGAAGACAUGCAAAAUUUAAUUUUAAUGAUGCUGAAAGUUAAUCCUAUGGAACGUCCGUACAUUUACAGUGUUAUAGAAAGUGCUCACGAAGUAUUAUCAAGAUUAGAAGGUAGGGUAUAAUCAUUAUUUCACAGAGAAUUUAACAAAAACUU